GAGAUAGGGCUGCCAGCCUGACACCUCUCUCCUGCAGAACUCCACCAAGGUGAUGUUCAAGUGCUUGUGGAAGAGCUGUGGCAAAGUCCUCAGCAGCUCCUCAGGGAUGCAGAAGCACAUCCGAACUGUGCACCUUGGCCGGAAAGCUGACCCCGAGCAGAGCGAUGGCGAGGAGGAUUUCUACUACACGGAGCUGGACGUGGACGUGGAUGUGCUGACGGACGGGCUCUCCAGCCUGACUCCUGUCUCACCCACCUCCUCGGUGCCUCCUGCCUUUCCCGGCCCCGAGGCUCCGGCUCUGCCGCUGCCGCUGGCACUGCCAAUCCCCGACCUGGCACUGGCCUCCCCCUGCAGCCCCCCGGGCCCCCCCGGCCGCUGCCACGUCCACACGGACCACGCGUACCAGGGCUGCCGGACCCCCCCGCGGCCACCGGUGUCCCCUUCCUCGCCCACCCCACCGCCGCCCAAGCCACCCGCUGUCCCCAGGAGGCCGCGGGGCGAUGCCAAGAAGUGCCGCAAGGUGUACGGCAUGGAGCACCGGGAGAUGUGGUGCACGGCGUGCCGCUGGAAGAAGGCCUGCCAGCGCUUCCUCGACUGACGGGGCCCCGCGCCGGCUCCCUCCUUCUUGCACAUUUUGCACUCGAGGUGCCUUCGCGCCCCCCCGGCCGCCCCCCCGGACUCAGGGAACGGCCCCCCCGAAAGCUUUAUGCACACACACACAGCCCCCCCUGCCCCACAGCCAGGGAGCUUUUCCCCCUUCCCCUUCUUUUUCCUUCGAAAAUAAGCUAAAUCCAACCCCGCUCCUGGCAGGUGGGGGCUGGGGGGGGGUGGCCGGCUGCUCCCGGCCCCCUCCCCACUCCGGUUUGGGGACCCCCCAAAUAAGCUGUGCCUGUGGCCGGCGGGGGCUCGGGAAAGGGGGUGUCUGUUCCUCCCGGGGGGCAGCCCCAGUGCCCAGGGCAGAAGUGGGCGCCUGCCCCCCUCCUUUUACCCCCCCAGGGGGUUUUUACUCUUCGUAUUGUCAUUUCUCUCUCUUGUUCCGGGGAGCAGCAGCUCCCUCCGGGGCGAUGCCCCGGGAAGUGCCUGCAGGAAUGCGCCCAUUUGCACUAAGCCAAACUGCACAAAGAGGGGUCUUUUUGUUUUCCUUUUUUUUUUUUUUUUUUUUUCUCCUUCGUGUGGUUUUUAUUUUUUAAAUAAAAUAUACGAAAAUUCGUCAUUUUAACCAAUCCCACAGCACGAGAGCGCGCGGGCCGCAGGACGCCUCCAGCCCUGGGUGGGCUUUAAGGGAAUUAAUUCAGUUUAAACUCCCUUUGUACCAAAAAAAAACCCUUCCCCCCCUCCCCCAACCCAUUUCUCCCCUCUUGUCCUGUCACUUUCCAGCCCAGGCAGUGGCUCAGGACUGGGUUUGGCCAGGCCAUGCCACCCUGCUCCUCUCCCCAU